AUGCAGCAGAAGAUGAAUCUUACCGAAAAAGAAAAGCAAGCGAUAAGAGAACGCUAUUUUGGUGGUGAACGCAAAAAGAGAAAGAUUCGUAGGAUGAAUGAGAAAAAGUUUGUGUUUGAUUGGGAUGCAGGAGAAGAUACAUCCUAUGAUUUUAACCCCUUAUAUGCCAAUAAGCACAAUGCUCAAAUGUUUGGUCGCGGUCAUAUUGCCGGUAUUGACGAAAAAGAGCAAAAGAAGCAACAAUCUGAAUUUUAUGAAAGACUAUUGAAAGAGCGUAGAACUACUGAAGAAAUGGAUAGAGCUAGCGAACUUGAGCAAAUUUCCCUUAGAAAGGAAGCCAAGGUCAAAUGGGACGAACGUCAUUGGACUGAAAAGCCUUUGGAUCAAAUGAGAGAAAGAGACUGGCGUAUCUUCAAAGAAGACUUUAAUAUUACAACAAGAGGUGGUAAUAUACCUCAUCCUAUUCGUUCAUGGGAUGAAUCUGGACUUCCAGAGAAGAUACAGCAGAUCAUUAAAGAAAUUGGAUACAAAGAUCCCACUCCUAUUCAGAGACAAGCCAUUCCUAUUGCUAUACAAAAUCGUGAUCUCAUCGGUAUUGCAGAGACAGGUUCUGGUAAAACUGCAUCCUUUGUUAUUCCACUUCUUGUAUAUAUAUCCGAAUUACCAAAAAUGUCAGAGGAAAACAUGUCUGAUGGUCCUUAUGCAUUGAUUCUGGCACCCACUCGUGAAUUAGCACAGCAGAUUGAGCAGGAAACAUUAAAGUUUGCUACUCCCAUGGGAUUUAACUGUGUAUCCAUUAUUGGUGGUCAUGAUAUUGUAGAGCAAGCAUUUAGUAUGCGUAGUGGUGCAGAAAUUGUUAUUGCUACGCCAGGCCGUUUAAAAGACUGUUUGGAAAGAAGAAUUUUAGUAUUGAAUCAAUGUACCUAUGUGGUAAUGGAUGAAGCUGAUCGUAUGAUCGACAUGGGUUUUGAAGGAGAUGUCAACUUUAUUUUGGACGCAUUGCCUGUCUCCAACAUGAAGCCUGAGGGCGAUGAUAACAUGCAAGUAGAUCUUCCUCAAGGACGCAAGUAUAGACAAACUACUAUGUUUUCCGCUACUAUGCCUGCUGCGGUAGAGCGUUUGGCUAGAAAAUACUUGAGAAGAGAAGCUGUGGUCACAAUUGGUGUGGUUGGCCAAGCAGUCGAAACUGUAGAACAGCGUGUUGAAAUGAUUAAUGACGAUGCCAAAAAGACCUCUCGUCUUUUGGAAAUUAUCAACUCUGGCAAGUUUGCAGCUCCUAUUAUCGUUUUCCUCAACUCCAAAAAGGGUGUGGAUACGGUUGCAAAUGUAUUGAAAAAGCAAGGACACUUUGCGGUUACUUUGCAUGGCGGCAAAUCACAGGAACAAAGAGAACAUGCACUAGCUCAGGUUAAGAGUGGUAAAGCAAACGUAUUAGUUGCUACCGAUGUUGCUGGUCGUGGUAUUGAUAUUAAGAAUCUUUCACUUGUUGUCAACUAUGACAUGGCCAAGAACAUUGAAGAUUACACCCAUCGUAUCGGUCGUACGGGUCGUGCUGGUAAAUCUGGUGUUGCCAUUACCUUUUUAUCAAGUAGGGACUCUGAAGUUAUGUAUGAUCUUCGUCAGAUGCUUGCCAAGUCAAGCAUUUCAAGAGUACCUCAUGAGUUAGCCAUACAUCCGGACGCACAAACCAAGCCGGGAACGGUUAAAACAAAGAGAAAGCACGAAGAAACUUUAUUCCAAUAA